AUGCUACUCUGGAGUCUUUGGAAGAGUCGAAACACAAAACUUUGGGAGUCUUCCAAUACACCAGCCACAGUUAUUAUUACUCGAGCAAAGGAUACACUCCACGAAUGGACUUGUAUGCAAAGAGCUAAACCACAGGUACAAAAUUCGAACCACAUCAUCUCUUGGGUUAAACCGCCUCCCGGUGUGAUAAAAUGCAACGUUGACGCAGCAAUUUUCCACCAUAAUACAAUUGUUGGAUAUGGAAUCUGUUUUCGAAAUUCGGAGGGGCAACUCUUAAUGGCAAAAUCUGCAUUUUUUCCAUCCUCGAUGACUGUUUUUGAAGCUGAAGCUACUGCAUUGUCGGAGGCGAUAAAAUUGGCAUUCUCUUUGGGAUUUCAAACUGUCCGCUUUGAAACAGAUUGUAUGGCCCUUGCUGAUGCCAUUCACACUACCUCCACUCACCUCAAUGAAGUUGGAGACAUUAUUUCUCAAUGUAGAGGUCUCUUGUUUACAAAUACCGACUUUAAAGUGUCAUAUAUUCGGAGGCAAGCUAAUAGGGUUGCUCAUAGUAUAGCUAGAGCUUCCUUAUCUCAUCCUAGCCCCCAUCUUUUUUAUAGUGUACCUUCAACUUUGUACUCUUUGUUCUUGAAUGAAAUGCAUUAA